GGAGCGGGAUCACCAUGUUGCAACGCACCGGCUUUGUCAUGAUCCAGUAGUUGACUCCAUAUCGCACUAAUACUCGUCAAGGUGUGUUUGAGAGAUAUCGCCGCUCCAUAGAUCCCUAUACCUCCCCCGUACAUAUGAUGUAAAGUGGUACGGAGAAAAUCAUCAUCAUCAUCCCUCGUCCUCGCUCGCAACGUUCCCUUUUCCGCUUACAUUACCGAUUGACAUUUUUGUGAUUUUGCCAACCUAACGCCGACCUGCAUAGCAAGGGGUUUGGCUGUACAGUAUCUAAACAUACAUUAACAUAAUCCACUCCCCUUUCCCAUUGUUGAUUUUUGGAUAUUUGUUCUCUCCAUUCGCCACGAGGAGGAAGCACGUCUCCCUCUCUUUUUCACCCCAAAACCAACGCUUUCUCGACCCUGAUAGAGACGACGUCAAACUUCCCACCACUCCGGACGGAACUACAACCCUCACUCGCAGUUCUCUCAACACCAUGUGGUAUCUCGGAAGUUGGUUGUUUCCCAUCGUCUCAGCGUGCAUGUGGUUGGGCAUGCUCCUCGCCCUCUUCAUCAACUGGGAGGCGAUAGGCCACCCCAUCUACCCGUCCAUGGAGAAGGGCCAGACGAUAGCCUACAUAUCCGACACGGGGGCCUACGGCCUGAAGCCUCUCUUCAUCACGGGCUCCGUCAUCACCACCGUCUUCCUCGACCUGGGGUUCAUGGCCGAGCGGUGGCUCCGACACGCCGGGCGCCUCGCGCCCAACACGUCGACGGCCCAAAAGAUCCUCUCCGUCCUCGCCAUCGUCUGCGCCGUCGCCGGGGCGGCGGGCCUGAUCCUCCUGUCGAUCUUCGACACGUACCACCACCCCCACCUGCACGACGGGUUCCUGUUGUUGUUCAUCGCCGGCUACGUCCUGUCCGCCGUGUUCCUGUGCGCCGAGUACCAGCGCCUCGGCAUCCACUACCGCUCCCACCGCAUCCUCCGCAUCAGCUUCUGGGUCAAGCUGACCUUCAUCAUCGUCGAGGUCAUCCUGGCCAUCUGCUUCGCGAGCACGAGCUGGACCGGCAACCGGAACGUCGCCGCCGUGUUCGAGUGGAUCGUCGCCCUCGUCUUCACCUUCUACAUCCUCUCCUUCCUGCUCGACCUGCUGCCCAGCGUCCGUAGCACGCACCACACGCCGCAGGGGUGGGCUCUCAAGGCGGAAAUGGAAAAGAUGACCCACCCCCAUUCUCAUCAGCAGGCCGGUGCACCCUUGACCGCCGACAGCGCCGGCCCGAACCAGAACGCCCGCGUGUCUCCCGCCGACGAUCUCGAGGCCGGCGCGUACAGGGGGACGACCAUGACGAACGGCACCUACCAAAACGGACACGACGACCUAGGGAGACAGAAGAGGUGGGGCGUCGGACGGUUCAGGAUCUAAAAUGUCGAUCGCCCCCGUCUUCUCUCUCUUUUCUAUACUCCUCAUUCGUUAUUGUUCCGAUUCUCAAGUUCUGUGUUUCCAUCACUUUGGAACUUGGGUUGGAGUGCAUGAUGCGGAUGUUACAAAAGUUGAAAAAAGGUUUUAAUGACGGCGUCGUGUUGGGAUGUGACUUUGUGACAAUGAACACUUUGGGCGCAUUGCAGGUUUACAGUUGAGCGCAUUGCAUGGUGUUGGGGUGUCUGGAUUUUGGCAUGCUACGAUACAAUACACGAUGUUUUCACGCAUCCAGAGUGUGGCUGUGAGACCUCUGGAAUUGACGUCGCACUGGGUAUGCGCAUAUAUACAUACAUUCAUGCACACAUACGUAUUAAUGUAAUAGAAAGAAACCACCAAAGAAUUCUUCGGACUCACGGGGUUGUUAAUUGUGAAAUUAACAAAACCUAAAUUCUUGUCUACAUAGAAUUUACUUUACUUGGGAAAAGACGCGACCCUUGAUAUUGGUCAAAGGUACAUCUACUUCGCA